UUCACUCCAAUUCACUCCAAUUCACUUCAGCCCAGUUCACUCCAAUUCACUUCAGCCCAGUUCAAUUCAGCCUAGCUCAAUCCAGCCCAGUUCAAUUCAGCCUAGCUCAAUCCAGCCCAGUUCAUUUCAUUUCAGCCCAGUUCAAUUCACCACAUGCUCGGCGCGCCCUCCCGCCCCCUGCGCCGCGCCUUCUCCGCCUACACCACGUCCGCGCCCGCGUCCUCCCUCAAGUCGCACUACGACGAGACGCUGGUCUACAAGUAUGCGUCGCAGAAAAUCAACCCCGUCAGCAUCGGCCAGCUGCUCAAGCACCGGCGGCUGCCGCUGUCGCGCGCCAACAUCCUGGACUCCGCCGCGUACACCCAGGCCGAGCUGCCAGUGCGGCUGGCCAAGCGCGUCAUCUCGUUCCACAACCUGCCGUUCAUCGUCGGCACCAACCCACACAUUGCGCGCGUCUACGCCCAGUACUACGAGGCCUUUGACCGCCUGCACGCCUUUGCGCCCAUUGCCGACCCAGACGCCGAGUGGGAGUUUACGCGUGCGCUGGAGCGCCAGACCCAUGUGCUGGCCGACGUUAUCCCGACCAUCGCGCAGGGCUUCCUCGAGUGCAAGCAGUAUAUGGCGCGCGAGGCCCGCACGGCCUUCAUCAGCGACCUGAUCCGCUCGCGCAUCGGCCUGCGCGUCAUCGGCGAGCACCACGUCGCAUUAUCAUAUCAGUUCCGCGCCGACCACGAGCUGCAGAAGAAAAGGAAGCCCACAGACAAUAAGAACGACGACGACGACGACGACGACGACCGUCACUGGGUCGGCGCCAUCCAUACGCGCCUGCUGCCUGCGCGCAUGAUGGACCAGUGUGCGCGCAUGGUGCAGAACAUGUGCGACAUCCACUACGGCACUGCCCCGGCCUUUGUCAUCGACGGCGACACCCACGAGGCCUUCAGCUACAUUCCGUCGCACUUUGAGUACAUCACGUGCGAGCUGCUUAAGAACGCCUUCCGCGCCACCGUCGACUUUUCCGCACAGACCCAGCGCUCGGCCCACCCGCCCAUCCAGAUUACAAUCACAAAGGGCGCCGGAUACAUUGGCGUGCGCAUCCGCGACCAAGGCGGGGGAAUAUCAAAGGACAACCUGCGCAAUAUCUUUGAGUACUCGUGGUCAUCCAUGCAGUCUGCCGACGACGAGGACUCGUCCUCAUCCUCGUCCUCGUCCUCUUCUGUCAUGUCUAUGCAGGCAAAUAUUGCCCUGCAGCAGGGCGUUGGCGGCCCCAUUGCUGGACUUGGCUUUGGUCUGCCCAUGGCGCGCCUCUAUGCGACCUACUUUGGUGGAUCACUCGAUAUUGUUUCCAUGGAGAGGUUCGGCUGCGACGUCUUCCUCAAGCUGCGCAGCAUCGAGGGAAGCGCAGUGGACAAGAAGAUCUGACAAAAUUAUUUGACCUACCUGUACAUCCUUUUUAAAUAUAUGUAGCCUUCUGAAAUUAGUGGACUGCGCACGUGCAUAACAAUCAGAGUAAUGAUGAAAAUUUCUUAUUCCAACUUAUUUAUAUGCCAAGCA